AUGUCCUCGCAGCGCAAUAUGGAUAGCUCCUGUGGACGUUUCAUCUCAUCUCAACCUCAAGGUUAUACUGACCCUACUUCGUUACCGAAUGGACAAAAUAUUUUUCAGCAAGAGAAUCAAAUGCAAAGUGGUCUUGAUUCAAAUUGCGCAGAUUUUGGGUUUAGUUGGGUUCCCCCUAUCCGCGGAAGCAACCAACAGAUCCCUGCAGGUAGUUCCCAACUUCAAAAUCCAGUACCAGCAGAUAAUUUCCUGUAUCAAAGUGUAGCAAAAGAAGAUGAUGCCCAGUUUCAAAGUGUACCAGCAGAAGAUAACUCGUAUGUUCAUGUACCAGAGGAUAGUUUUUCCCUUGUAGAUGACAUUAAUUCCCGGUUUCCCGGGAUUACAGAUCCUGACUCAUUGGACUUUCAAUUUGACACUUGGAUGUUUGAGAAUCAGUCUGUUCCAGGGGCUUUGGAAGUUUCUGUUCCUCCUGGGUUGAAUGCAUACUCCCCUGAACCGGGUACUAUAGAUGCAGGGACUCUCUUCGAAUUUUAA